UAUGACACUCAAAUUAAGGGAGAACUGGAAUCAGAACUGACUUUUGACUUCAAGUGCUUGCAUUUUCCACUUCUUCAUGCUGUCUUAAAACCAUGUUUCUGUACUUCAAUGAUGACAAUAGUCAACCCCAACUUAUGGGAUUACAAAUUAUUUUUAAUGUUUUUGCUUAUAUAUUUUACCUGAUUUUUCUACAAUGACUGUACAUUAAUUGAAUAAAAAUAUCUAAAAUUAAAAUUUUUAAUGUGUAUUCUUUCAAAAGGCAGAAUUAAGCUUUAUUUUUCCAACUUGCCCUCACACUCAAAUCCCCAACCUCAUCCAAAUUUCUCAGAAGCAAGAAGCAAUCUGAAUUACUGCCAUCCUCAAGGGUGGACAGGGAUUUAAUUUUUCUAGAAUUAAGUGGGCUUGAGAAAGGGUAGGCAUUUGGAUAGGACUAAAGCCUCAGAGGCAGUGCUGUGACCUUAGUGUAAAUUGUCCUCCUCUCCUCUAAGGGCUCUGUCAGUAUACAGAUGCUGCCUCUCUACCCCACAGCAUAGCUUGUGCCGUGAGGACUGAUGAUUAUGCAGAAAACUGUGAUGUCAGCAUGGUUCAUGUUGAGUGAUGCACUUCCUUUCCCCCAGCACAGUUAUCACCCCUAGAGAAACUCUUAUUUGUGUACUUCCUGCAAUAAACCCAUUACUUUUUGUGGACCCAGGGCAUGCCUCAUGUACCCUGUACUUUGUUCUCCACUAUUCUCUCUGCCUUAUACUGUUAGCAAUUACCCAAUACCUAGGAUUUUUGUCUUCAGAAGUGCAUUAGAUACUAGUCAAGUAACAGAUCACUGAAACUGAUGGGCUAAUUCACAUUAAAAUACAAAUGCCUAAUACCAGCUCACUGGAGUCAUUUCUCUUGACAUUAUCUGCAUUUUAAGGAAUUACACCUUAAUCUCCUGUAUCAGUUGGGGAUGGAUCAUGGAAGCAGAGUAAUCUACACAUGGAUUUCUUAUGGAUAGUAGAUCUUAUGCAUCCGUAGUGAAUAAUCUAUGGAAGGCUGUUGCCUCUUUGUUGUGAUGGGACUGAGGUCAUGUCAGGUCAAUGUGGCAAUAGGCGGGAGAAGUAUAUUACAGGAAGUUAGGGAUAACUAUGACAAAGUGAAACCCACAAGGACAAAUGGGUCCUGUGUCUGUCUGUCAACCCCUCAUACCUCAGGGGGCAGAUGACCUGCAAAAGCAGCUGGUGCCCUUCACAUCAAGAGAAACUGAGGGAGCUAUAGGUCUGGCUGCUAGCCAUGCCAAGGAGGUGAACCAGCAGAUCAGUAAGAGGACGUAUGAGCUACAGUGGCGCUUGGCACCCUACACCUUCAGAGUGUGCUUAGAUUGCUGCUUCCACAUUCAGAUUCUCAUGUAAAUUGCUUUUGUAGCCAACCCAACCUGGAGCCAACAGGGAAGGGAAUUCUGGGAAAAAUGGCUCAAGCUUACUCAGACCAACACACUACAAAACCCCCACAGUUCCUAAAAUCAAUAUCGAAGGGUAGCUUUUCAGAUUCAUUUACUGGCCAGUAGAGAUGCUGAAGGUAGAGGGUGGGUGCACAGAUGUGUAAAGGUAGGGGGAGGAGGUGAAGGGGGCUUUCUUGGUAGCUUUUACCAUGUGUCUGUAAGAGAAGCUUAGGAAAGUCAGAUAGGCGCUAAGUAUGUAUUACAUGGUCACAAAUGUUUAUAAAUAUAUGUGUCCAAAAAGAAAAGCUUACAAUUGGAUCAAAGUUACGUCAGAAGUACCGAAGGAUACUCAAGGGAUUCUGAGUGCUUCCACUGGAUACUGUGGCAGCCCCUUCCCCUUCCCUUGCGCCCCUCUCCUCUUCCUCUGAGUGCUGGGCAGCACAAGGGGAAGGAAGCCAUGGGAGAAAGGGACAAGAGUAACCAGAAGCUCCUCGAGGGCCAUAGAGGGGAGCCCCUAAAGUUUUGCCAGUUUUCUUCUGUGGCAGAAGCUAGCUGUUCUCAGUGUGUCAGAACGGAAUGGAACAAUAGGCUUUUGGCCACCAAAGGUUUGGUUCCAGAAACAUUUCCUCUCUGUGGAGGAACAGUGCGUGGGGUGAGAUGAUAAAAGCGGAUGGAAGGCAAUUCUUCCCAAAGCCCAGACCUUGAAGUGGCCCCAGAAGGUGUGGACGUGCCUGAGUUUUGCUGUUCUCUUCUUCGUUAGACAGAUCCGUAGUUCAAUGGGAACCUUUAUGGGUCAUGUGUACCCAGGAUUGUUCCUAGUCUUACAUGGAUUGUAUCAGGCAAUAGUCAUCUCCAAAGCCGUGAUAUUCAAUGUCUCUCCUUAUCAUUCAUGUCCUUCCACGAAUAAGGGACGAUGGGCCAGGCUGUGGAAAAUUUCCUAUGGAGGUUUGCUGAAGGUGGUGACUGGCUCCAUCCUGGUAGCUUAUGAGAUCAGCAGAAUUGAAGGGGGUUUGGUUCCGAUGAGCAGGGAACUGCCACCCAGGUUCAAGUACCUCAAAGAGUGGCAGCACCUCACCGUAUUCAUCAUCCUCACCCUCAAUGGCUGUGUAGACAUCAUGAGCAAGAACCUGCUGCCUUGGAGGUGUGCAUCCCUGGAGAAAGGCGCCCUGGCCCUGACCUUCUACGUGCUCCUGCCACUGUUGGCAUCUCACGUCCAGGUCUCAACGGGGGUGGAGCUGCAGGUUCAUUGUCUGUUCACCUUGGUGGUGCUCCUGACGAUGCUGGUGCUGACUGGACAGCUGUGGGACCCUGACAGGUUCAGUCUCUCCCUGAUGGAGACCCCUCUGUUCCUGAUCAUGGGCUCCUGGCUGAUGCAGGCAGGCUUCAUUCUGUACAGACCAGUCACUGGCUACCCCUGGCAGGACGAGGACAUCAGUGAUAUCAUGUUUGUCACCACCUUCUUGCACAUGGUGAUCAAUGCUUUCGGCCUGCUGGGGAUCUACGGCAUCUCCUCCUUUUGGCACGGGUAUUACAGUCCCAGCUUGACGCUGACGGGGUCUGAAGCAGCUCUGUGCUCCAGGAGGAUGGUGGGAUGGCUCUACAGAUUGCCCAGGGUGGAGCUGUCGGAGAGGGAUGACCAGGCUCUUCUCCUUUCCAAGAGCUCCCCUGACACAGGGCCCAAAAAGCCUGGCACAGGUCCACCCCAUCUUCCUCCUUGGGUUCUCUCUCACUCAUGUGCACUGGGCCCCCUUCAGUCCCCGGGGAAGGAGAGCAGUUGGUCCACAGCUGGCACGUCUGCUGUCCCUGAACCUCUACUCACUGAGGAGGUGAGCGGACAGGGGCCUGAGGAAGGGCGGCUGGUGGGAUUGCUGGGGUGAGGGGAGAGGGCCAGGGGAAUGGGUAGUGCGCAAGGAAAGCCAUGGGGGAAGAGAAAGCUUCUGCUUUUGAAGGCCUUUGAAGGGAGGAGAGCAGAGUCCAGCAGUCAUGCCACCAGCUGCUUCUCAGGCACAAGUGAUACCUUUUACCUGAGGGAAUGAUGAUUUCUCACAAUUCAAAACUGGAGUCAUUCAAGUCUCAUCCUGAUAAAGACAAGUGGGUACUUCUGUUUGCUCACCAAAGUGGUGCCAUCAUGUGGAAGCAGCAUAAGCAUAAUUUGUAAUUAAUUUAUUCAGGUUGAAAUUAUGCUCUUUUUGCUCCCCUCUCUCCCCACCCCAGCUCAUUUUUAAGGAUUGACUUCAUUUCAAAUGCAAAUUCAGGAAGUCAGACUUUAUUAAUGCUUGAAUGGUGACAUUUUAAAUUUGCAGAAUUCAAGUUUUUAUAGAAUUCAAAUGUUCAAAUACUCCCCCAACUUCAUAUUUUAUUCCUACUAAGUCAAAGCUUACUUAUUUUACCAUCACCACCUACAUACAUGUAAUUUACUGGAUCUUAUUCUUGAGUCUUUGCCAAUUUCACUCCCUUGCAUCCCACAGAAUGCCAUCCUACAAUCACAUGUUUACCAUGCUUUCUGGUACCCAGCAUAAAGCCCCCCAGGCUUUAUCCCCAAGGAGGCCCUCUCCAAGAACUCUUACUGAUCCCUUAGGCAUUUAUACUAAACCCACCUUGUUAAGUUGCUCAUACAGCUGAUACACUUUGUUUUGUUCUGUUUCUGAAACCAUUUCCCUUGGGAAGGUUUUUUCUCAUCAUCUAAAGUGUAGAAUUCUGAAGGGUAAGGACUUUACCACAUCCAAGUUGCGUAAUUUCCUAUGUAUGCCUCACAUAUACAGUAUAGGUGAUGCUUAAUAAAGACUUAGUUGCUUCCAGAAUCUCUGCCUGCCUCUGUUCCUUCUAAAUAUGUUGCCAGACAGGUCUGAGGUUCUGGGAGACUCUGAAAGACACCAAGAACCCUAAGGCCUGAGUCACCUCCUUAGUAAUGGGUCCACUCUCUUCCUCAUUCUUGGGAUAACAAAAUCCAGUAACCUGUCUUUGAACUGUUUACUUUGUCAUUGUUCUUGAAUCCUCACAGGCAUUCCUAUAAGGAACCUCCAGAGCACGGAAACUCAGCAGGGCGAGUUGCCCAAGCCUCAUAGCUGGUACACGGCCAAACAGGAAUUCACCUGCCAGUGCGUCUUACUCAAGCCGGUGACUGUGUCCCCGGGGCCACAGUGACUUUGCUAAUGGCAAUGGAGAAGGGACUGAUUCUCAAAAUGAAACUGUUAGAAAAGAGAGAAAGAGAAAGAAAGAAGGAAAGAGAGAGAGAUAAAAAA